AAUGUUUCAGCAGGCUCUGCUCUGAGAAUCCCCAGACCCCCAUGGAUUUUCGAAUUUCCCAGCCUUCUCUCCUUCACCUUUCCACUUUCUUACUUCCUCCUGAGAUGGCCCCAGAUCUGCAAGAGACAUUUGAGAGAAGCUAUUUAUUAACAGAUGGGAAGAAAUGGAUUCUGCACUUGAUUAUUUAGCCAUGAUGUGUCAAUGAUGGAUUGGAAAGCGGUAGCUGCCCAGAAGUUAAAUCUGUCUUCUAAAAAGAAGAAACAUCGACCUUCUACAUCUUCGGUUGCCGAGCCACCUCUCUUUGCCACCAGCUUCAGUGGUAUUCUGCAGACCUCCCCUCCCCCGGCUCCACCCUGUCUGCUGAGGGCUGUCAACAAGGUGAAGGAUACCCCGGGCCUGGGCAAGGUGAAAGUCAUGCUUCGCAUUUGUUCCACGUUGGCCCGUGAUACCUCAGAAUCCAGCUCUUUCUUAAAGGUGGACCCUCGGAAGAAGCAGAUCACCUUGUAUGACCCCCUGACGUGUGGAGGUCAGAACGCCUUUCCAAAGAGAGGCAACCAGGUUCCUCCUAAGAUGUUCGCCUUUGAUGCGGUUUUCCCACAAGAUGCUUCUCAGGCGGAAGUAUGUGCGGGAACCGUGGCAGAGGUGAUCCAGUCUGUGGUCAACGGGGCAGAUGGCUGCGUGUUCUGUUUCGGCCACGCCAAGCUGGGAAAAUCCUAUACCAUGAUCGGCAAGGACGACUCCAUGCAGAACCUCGGUAUCAUUCCCUGUGCCAUCUCCUGGCUCUUCAAGCUGAUCAAUGAACGGAAGGAAAAGACCGGAGCCCGUUUCUCAGUCCGGAUCUCCGCCGUGGAAGUGUGGGGCAAAGAGGAGAACCUUCGAGACCUGCUGUCCGAGGUGGCCACGGGCAGCCUGCAGGACGGCCAGUCCCCGGGCGUGUACCUGUGCGAGGACCCUAUCUGUGGCACGCAGCUGCAGAACCAGAGCGAGCUGCGAGCGCCCACCGCGGAGAAGGCCGCCUUCUUCCUGGAUGCUGCCAUCGCCUCUCGCCGGGGCCACCAGCAGGACUGUGACGAGGACGACCACCGCAACUCCCACAUGCUCUUCACCCUGCACAUCUACCAGUACCGGAUGGAGAAGAGCGGGAAAGGGGGAAUGUCUGGAGGCCGCAGUCGCCUACACCUCAUCGACCUCGGCGGUUGUGUGAAAGCCCUUAGCAAAACUCGGGAAGGAGGCUCAGGGCUUUGCCUCUCGCUGUCUGCUCUGGGUAAUGUCAUCUUGGCUCUCGUCAACGGCAGCAAACACAUCCCGUACAAAGAAAGCAAGCUCACCAUGCUGCUGCGGGAGUCCCUGGGGAACAUGAACUGUCGCACCACCAUGAUCGCGCACAUCUCGGCGGCGGCUGGGAACUACGCGGAAACCCUGUCCACCAUCCAGAUCGCCUCGAGAGUCUUGAGAAUGAAGAAAAAGAAAACGAAGUACACAUCAAGCUCCUCUGGGGGAGAGAGCUCCUGUGAAGAAGGUAGGAUGCGCAGGCCCACGCAGCUGAGACCCUUCCACGCCAGGGCCACGGUGGAUUCGGACUUUGCGAUCCCUCACCUGUCCAGUGACCCCGACUACUCUUCCAGCAGCGAGCAGUCCUGUGACACAGUCAUCUAUAUCGGGCCAAACGGCACGGCCCUCUCGGACAAGGAGCUCACUGACAACGAGGGCCCCCCAGACUUUGUCCCCAUUGUGCCGGCCCUGCAGAAGACCAGGGGUGACAGCCGGCCCACGGAGGCUGGAGAGGCCACGGCCAGCAAACCAGAAAGGGACUGCUUGAAAUGCAACACGUUUGCCGAGCUGCAGGAGAGGCUGGAUUGCAUUGAUGGCAGCGAAGAGCCCAGUAAGUUUCCUUUUGAAGAGCUGCCUGUCCAGUUUGGGGCCGAGCAGGCAAGCAAGUGUCCCCCGUUAAGCCAAGCGGGUGGGGCAAACCCGCUCAGUGAGUCUGAUAAGGAAGAUAAUGGGUCAGACGGCCAGCUGAGUGACAGAGAAGGCACUGAUUCCCUGGCUUCCAGGAGGCAGAGGAAUCACUCGCCUGUCCCUGCGGCCAUGCUCACCAACAGCCCCCCUCCUGCCUCACCUAGGAGUAUCCCUGGCAGCAGCAGCCAGCAUAGUUCUUCUCAGCUAGUGCAGAGCCCCAGCCUCCAGAGCAGCCGAGAAAGCCUGAACUCCUGUGGCUUUGUGGAAGGCAAGCCCAGGCCCAUGGGCUCCCCCCGGCUGGGCGUUGCCAGCCUGUCCAAGACCUCAGAGUACAAGCCGACCAGCUCUCCUUCCCAGAGAUGCAAAGUCUACACCCAGAAGGGCAUCCUGCCUUGUCCUGCCCCGCUGCCUCCCUUGAGCAAGGAUCCCGGCAUGGUACCCGGCGAGUCCCUGCUGCAGCCUGAGGUGCGUACCCCCCCGGUUGGAAUGAGUCCCCAGGUUUUGAAGAAAUCCAUGUCUGCUGGAAGCGAAGGGUUCCCCGAAACCCACGCCGAUGAUGAGCAUCAGGCAGCAACUUCUCCGGAUUCCAAGAAGGAGAUCGUGAGCACCACCAUGGUGACCGUGCAGCAGCCGCUGGAGCUGAACGGUGAGGACGAGCUGGUGUUCACGCUGGUGGAGGAGCUGACCAUCAGUGGGGUCCUGGACAGCGGCCGCCCCACCAGCAUCAUCAGCUUUAACAGCGACUGCUCGGUGCAGGCCUUGGCCUCGGGCUCCCGGCCUGUCAGCAUCAUUGGCAGCAUCAGCGAGGACCUGGAGUGCUACUCCAGCAUGGCUCCGGUCUCCGAGGUCAGCAUCACGCAGUUCCUGCCCCUCCCGAAGCUGAACCUGGACGAGAAGGGCCGGGAGGCAGGGAGCAGGCGUUCCUCCAUCAGCUCCUGGCUGAGUGAGAUGAGCACAGGCAGUGAUGGCGAGCAGUCGUGCCACAGCUUCAUAGCCCAGACAUGUUUCGGGCAUGGGGAGGCGAUGGCAGACCCCCCGGUCUCAGAGUUUGUCGGCAGCCUCCAGAACACCCCCGUGGUGUGUCGGGAGAAGCCGAAGGCGGGCCCUGAUAAUUUGCUCAUCUUGUCUGAAAUGGGGGAAGACUCUUCCAACAAAGCCACCCCCAUCAAAGGCUGUAAGAUCUCCACCCUGGGCAAGGCCAUGGUCACCAUCUCCAAUACUGCAAAUCUGAGCAGCUGCGAAGGGUACAUCCCUAUGAAGACCAACAUUACUGUUUACCCUUGCAUUGCCAUGAGCCCCCGGCAUGUCCAAGAACCCGAGGCAUCCAUUGCCACUGUUGACUCGGCCUCCAAAGCAGCCCCAUCCCAGGAGAGCAAGGAAACCGGUGCAAAGAAAGAGAUGACAUUUGAGGACCCCUGGCUAAAACGAGAAGAGGAGGUAACGAGAGAGAAUGCUUAUCCCAGUGAAGAAGAGAUGAAGUAUGAGAUUGCGACAGGCCCCGCCAAGCCUGAGGCCAGAGCAGAGCGGGAACUGGACAGGAAGGCCAGCCCCGGUGACAGGCUGAGCAGCAGCAGCGGUGAGGUGUCUGCCUCCCCCGGCACCGACAACUUCAGGAGGGUUGUGGAUGGCUGUGAGAUGACCCUGCCCAGCGCGGCUGCCCAGAGCCCUGCAUAUCCCAACAAAAGCCUGAAGUCCAGCAGCCUUCCCAGGGCUUCUCAGAAAGCCAGCCGACAGGAGGAGCUAGACAGCAUCUUCUACCACUGCACCCCGGAGACCAAUGGCAUUGGUAGCGCUUCCGGCACGCAGCCCUCUAAGGCAACCCUGGAGAGGAAGGUAGCGUCACCCAAGCACUGUGUCCUGGCUCGCCCUAAAGGGACUCCCCCUCUGCCCCCUAUCCGAAAGUCCAGCUUGGACCAGAAGAACCGGGCCAGCCCCCAGCACAGUGCGUGCAGCAGCACCAGCAGCCCCUUGAACCAGCCCACGCCCUUCUUAGCCAGCUUCCCGGAUGAGCCUAGCGGCAAGGCGAAGGAUGCCAGUAGCAGCAGCAAGCUCUUCAGUGCCAAGCUGGAGCAGCUGGCCAGCAGGACCAACUCUCUGGGCAGGACAACCGUCAGCCACUAUGAAUGCCUCUCGCUGGAGCGGGCGGAGAGCCUGUCCUCCAUGAGCUCCCGGCUGCACGCCGGCAAGGACAGCACCAUGCCCCGCGCUGGGAGGAGCCUGGGCCGCAGCGCCGGGGCCUCGCCCACCAACCCUGGCCCUCCACAGUCGCAGUCCGCCGGGGCCUCCCCCAAGGCCAGCCAGUCCAAGAUCUCUGCCGUGAGCAAGCUGCUCCUGGCCAGCCCCAAAGCUCGCAGCCUGUCCACCUCCACCACCAAGACGCUCAGCUUCUCCACCAAGUCCCUGCCACAGUCCGUGGGCCAGAGCUCCAACCCGGCCCCGAGCAGCGGCAAGCACAUGGCCUGGUCCACGCAGUCGCUGAGCAGGAGCCGGGGCUCCGGCCUGGCUGCCAAGCUGCCGCUGCGCGCGGUGAACGGGCGCAUCUCGGAGCUGCUGCAGGGCAGCGCAGGGCCCCGGGCCUUGCAGCCGCGGGCAGGGCCCGACGAGGAGCGCGCGGGGGGCCCCGAUGACAAGCCGGCAGCCGUGCCCCUGCUGCCAUCGCCCUACAGCAAGGUCACGCCGCCGCGGAAGCCUCACCGCUGCAGCAGCGGCCAUGGCAGCGACAACAGCAGCGUGCUGAGCGGCGAGCUCCCGCCCGCCAUGGGCAAGACAGCGCUGUUCUACCACAGCGGCGGCAGCAGUGGCUACGAGAGCAUGAUGCGUGACAGCGAGGCCACCGGCAGCGCGUCCUCGGCCCAGGACUCCAUGAGCGAGAACAGCAGCUCCGUGGGCGGGAGGUGCCGUAGCCUCAAGACUCCAAAGAAACGCUCCAAUUCAGGUUCUCAGAGACGGAGGAUCAUCCCAGCGCUGUCCCUCGAUACCCCCUCCCCCGUGAGGAAACCAGCCAACAGCACGGGGGUCCGCUGGGUGGACGGUCCCUUGCGCAGCGCCCAGAGGGGCCUCGGGGAACCUUUUGAGAUUAAAGUCUAUGAAAUCGAUGACGUGGAGCGGCUGCAGCGGCGACGAGGUGGCAAUAACAAGGAGGUCAUGUGCUUCAACGCGAAGCUGAAGAUCCUGGAGCACCGCCAGCAGAGAAUUGCCGAGGUCCGAGCCAAAUACGAGUGGCUGAUGAAGGAGCUGGAGAUGACCAAGCAGUAUCUGAUGCUGGAUCCCAACAAAUGGCUCAGCGAAUUUGACCUGGAGCAGGUUUGGGAGCUGGACUCUCUGGAGUACCUGGAAGCGCUCGAGUGCGUGACGGAGCGCCUGGAGAGCCGCGUCAACUUCUGCAAGGCCCACCUCAUGAUGAUCACCUGCUUUGACAUCACCUCCAGGCGCCGGUGAAGAGAGCCGGCCCGCCUCGCCAGGCCCCUGACUCCCCGCGGCCCCACAGCCAGUCACACGCACCACCAGGCCCCCCCUCUCCCCACCCGGGGCUGGUGGCGCUCAGAGACCACAGAAUGAGGUUGAAGGUUGGUGGCAAGUGUGGAGUGACGUUGAGUGGAAGGUGGUUUUUCUUUUAUUUUCUGUAGGAAAGGUGCAAACACCCGACAACGCAUGGGAGGAGAAAACGAUGGGAAGCCCGAGGGAUGUGGAAGCCCCGUGAGACUGAAAAAGCACUUUGAGGAACUUUCAAGAAUAUGUUUGUACAUAAGAACUGCUGGCAAAAGAGACCUCACCCUUCUCCUGGUUUUGCGAAAAAGGGCGAGGCGGGGACGUGGGAUGGCUGUUGAGAGCUGAAGCAAAACAACGAGAAUUACCCAGAAUGACUGAUCAAGUGCCUUGCAAACCUUUAUUAUUAUCCAAACAUGUAUGUUCAUACUUUCUUGUGUACAGAUGGUGCUAGUCGAGAUGCAAACAACGAAACAAACAAAAAGGAAAAUCAAACACAUUGUUGAAAUGUUAUUUACAGCUCGAGUUCUCUUGGCGUUUUCUCCUAUUUCUGACUUGCUCUUCCUAAGUUGUGUUUGUAGCGUGAUUUCCUAAUCAGUAUUGCAUACGAAUAAAUGCUAACCGUCUUUUAAGGUUCUCCUGGUAAGGCCACUCAAACAGAACAUGGAGACUUCACAGGCACAAGCCAGUGUGUCCAAAGGAGGUUGGAGCAGCAGGUGGCGCUCGCCGUCACCUCUCCCUGGGCCGCACCAGCUGGUUAACCCUGGAGCAGGUACACGUGAGCUUGAGAGAACAGGAGAGGAGAAAGGGGCUGCCUCUUUAAGGGGCUCGGAGCCUUUGUGACCCGGGCCCCGUGUGUCCUUUGUUCCAUAGUCAGUUUCCCCUCCAAGUCCUGACACACUUAUAGGUUCCUUUCCCCACACAUCCAGGGCUUUCGGGACCCUCAAAACAUUUUUCAUAUUCGCUUUUAUUCCAAAGACCCUGGAUUGACAGCUUGAACCAAUUCACCAGAGCCGUGAUUUUUGUUCUCUAGUUUGGUGAAUUUAUGAGAGCAGGGGGUUGUUCUCAGUUUAGAGACCCCCUCAGGCUUGUCUGUGCUCAGAGAUGAGUGUUGGGAUGCUGGGAUUGCACAGUUUUUCUGUUGUCCAGAGUGCUGCUUAGAUGGAAGAACUUCUGGUGCUCCCAUGUCUCAAAGCCUCCAUCCCAAGAAAGGACCAGUCUCGCCCCCAGCCUUGGCACCUGAAGGCAGAGGGAGGUUUCCUGUCACAUACCACACACCCUGCAGAGGCAGAGCGCAGCAGUUGUGCAUGUGGGUCUGCAGGUCUUGGCUCCCAGGAUCUUUGGACCCCAUUCUAAAGUUAACAUGUUCAUCCUUGUCACAAUUCACUUAGGGCUGAUUAUACCCAUGUUAGCGAUGGAAACGCGAGGCACAGAGUGGUCGAGGGAUUGUCUGAUACCAGUUGUGGGGCAGCAGGGGUGUCUCCUACCUCCCAGGCCCCUGCGGCCAGCCCGCUGAUGAGGUGCUCAGGGUUUUACAGAGCACCGUUUGUUUCUGCCCUCAAAUGCAGCAUAUCUCACGAGCCUAUUUCCUGGCUCGGCAGUCCCCGAUAACCAACUCCUCAGCCCCAGGGCUCCCCAAGGAAGAAGAAACUUUUCGUUUUUUUGUUGGUGCACCUCUGGACACAGGUGGCCCCCACACAGCUGGCUAGACGGCCAGCACAACUCAGUCGAAUUCAGUCAGUAGGAACCAAAGUCUUGUGAGCGUCACGGUACCCGAUCCUUUCCUGGUCAGAACAGAACAGGGCACAGGGGACCCCAUUCUCUCUGUUUGGAAAGUCAGCCACAUAGACGGGAGGCUCUGUGGAUGACCAGUCCAGCUUUGCGCCCUAUACGAGCCUGCCCCUAUGCACAAGAGCACAUGGAGGAAAUACGGACCCGAAUGUGGUGAGAGUUUACUCCAGAAUGGACCAUUUCCACUCUAGUUGAUCAGGUGCGUCUGUCUCCUUGGGGAGCAGGCUUCCCCAUCUCCUCACCCUAAACCCCCUUCUGCAGGGCCAGCUGAGGCUCGGGUACACAUCUGGUCUCAGCAAUCGUGUGAAUACAGCAACGUUAUGGAAGCAUCUAGACCCCAAGGAGUCCCAGUCUUUCAAGUGUGAGGUUUCCAUUUGGCAUCCUUUGUUGGUCUGAAAUACACGACUUUUUGAAAAGCCUUGAAUUUGGGGGUUGCCCAAGGUAAGUAUUCUAGUCUUUGUUGGACACAAAUUCACUUGAUUAGCAAUCAGUAGGCUUAGCUUUUGCCCCCGGCACAUCUUCCCCUCGCCCAAGGCCACCACGCUGAGCCGACUUCCUUAGCAGCUCAGCCAGGGGGCCCUGGGGCCUUUCCUGGAGUGAAGCUGAGUGGAAGCAUCUGCGGAGAUUUAAAAUCUCAUCAGUAGAAUCUUUCCUAGGGGAGUGGCCUCAGCUGGCCUCCUGCCUAAACCUGCUUUUAUCCAUUUGUAGCAACUUUAUGAGACAGUAAAAGGGUUGAAUGAAGCCAGGAGCCAUCUUGCCAAGUCAGCAUGGCUUCCCCAAGAUGCCACAAAUACUUUGCAGGCUGUCGGCUGUGGUGCAGGCCGAUCUGCGUGCAGGUUGUCCGUUCUGGCACUUGCUUUUUUUUUUUUUUAACCUGAGUAAACUGCAAACCUAUUAACAUACCAGUUGCUGAUUAACCAUGUGAAACAAUCAUGAAUUUUAUUCUGUGUUUGUUCCUAGUUCUCCCCAUGAGUUGAUCCUUAGGCUAAAGGGAAGCAGAUCUGAUCCCCCGAUUCUGAAACCAUCCCCAUCUCUAAAGAGUUCAGCCUCCUUCCAUGGUCAGUGCGAGGCAGGCCCAGGUCUCCUUCCGGUUUUGGUGACAGAUAAUCCAAGAAGGCAAAGGGAAUGUCAGAGGAGCCAUUUCCAUUUCAUUAUCCACUAAGGAAAGGACGAGAAUAAGGUUGAUUUGAAAUUAACAUUUAGACACAGAAGCCUUAACUCCUUGUCUGAAAUCUGCCCCCUCUCCAAGUGGUUUAGUGUGAGGUGGAAGGAAGCCUUAGCAGCAGAACAAAACUCAUCCAAAGACAGGAGACGGUGAUGUUAUUUCCCGGAGUAAAUCCAUACUGCAUUUCAUGAUGGCGUUUCAUGCUGCCACAAGCGAUAGUUUGCGUUAUCCUGGGCUUUCGGUCCCCACCUGAGAGCCGCACCCUUUGAUCUCCAUGUCCUUGAAUUCCCCGCCACGUCAUGGGGAAGCUGUCGCUAACUUUCAUCUCUUUCAGAUUUGAAAUUGAAACCCCAUCUGUUGUUUUUAUCUCUAAUUGCUAUUCUGAACAUGGGGAACUUGAGAUGUAAAUGCAGAGGUUGGUCCCACACAGGCGGGGAUCAUGCAAGGGACCCCAAGCUGGGGAGGCAAUAGAAGCUGGGAUUAACAAGCCAUGCAGCCCAGAGUGGGGGACAGGGCAGGCAGGAA